AUGGAAGAAAUUAUGCUUGCACUUAAAAACAUACAAAAAGAUAUUGAUGAACAAAAAUCGGAGAUCCGCAAAAGUGCAGACAAGGUAACAGAACGAGUUACACAGAAUAUCAACAAAAUAUUGGAUGAAAAACUUACCAAGCUGCAGGUUCAACAAGAUCAACUGAAGGAGAAAUUAGAUAAUCAAGAAAAACGAAUAUACUUUCUGGAAAAACAAGCAAGACAACGAAAUGUAGUAUUUUUUGGUAUUGAAGAGAAAGAAUCAUCAUACGACAACCUUCAAAACAAUAUCUACAGCUUUAUAAAAAAGUAUUUUAGCACCGACAUAGAACUCAGAGAUAUUCAAGAGUUAAGACGAGUGGGGAAAAAAGGCGACAGACCUCGUCCAAUAAUUGCUACCUUUUCAACUCUCGGAAUAAAAAUUAAUAUUAUGAAGCAGAGAGGGCUACUAAAGGACACACAAUAUUAUGUGAAAGAAGACUACCCUUUACAAGUUUUGGAAAAAAGAAGAGAGCUACAAGAACAGGUGAAAAUAGAAAAAGAGAAGGGUAACAAUGCGAGAAUAAAAUAUGACAAAUUGAUUAUAUUAAAAACGAAUAACAAGAGGUCUCUCCCAACAUCUCCAGAAAACACAACAACCGCAGAAUCUCAGUCAAAGAACAAUACUAACACACAAGUCUAUAAAAAGAACCGAACGCAGAAACCAAAUAAACCAAUACAAAGGUCAAACAGCAUGACUGAAGGGGUCAUAAAGCCGAGCAUGCUAAACUUCUUGGUAAAUAAAAAUAUCAACAACACAACAACAGAGCAAAAAGACGAUACCAAGGAAACCAACAUAUAG